UUUUGUGUGUGUUUCAGACUUUUUUUUGUCUGAUCAAAUAGAAUAAUACCAGCUUAUAUAGAUACUACCUAACUUUGGUACGUAUCACGUACACAUAUUGGAAUAUACAAUGCUACGCGUAUGUAAAUUAAUUAAUUCAACGCAGAAACAAUGACGCGGGGAAAAGUAAACAAACACCGACCAGGAGACCGAAAUGCGACCCAGCCUGAGUCGCACACGCCUGCUCCAAAGUCUUCCGUUUACUCGGUCUUUAAACUGAAAAUAUAUUUUAUUCAACAAUAACUAGUUCUUAUUCGUAGAAUGAAUCUCACGUAUCUUUUCGACUUGAGCCCGUCUACUUAACAUACAUAAUACAUAUAUACGUGGUCAUAUAUAUAUAAGACUCAUCAAAUAUGAAGAAGGUCAAUGAACUAAUAUCUAAUCAUUGAUGAAACUAGUAUCUAUAUACUAUUUCAAGUACCUCGAGAUAUAUAUAUGGGUUAUAACUGAUCAGUUAGUACUAUUAACAAUUUGAUAUAUUAAAAACACAAAGUAUACAACUGUUUAAGGGAAAACACGCGUGAUUUAUAAGUUUGUAUAAUAUUAUAUUGUUCUUGGUAGUUGGCAUGAUCUAAUUACUAAGCUUUCUUGAUUUAAAACAUACUUAAAUGACAACUGUUAAAUAAUAGUUGAUUUAUGUUUCAAAAAAAAAAUAAUUGAUCUAGAAUACUAAUCCAAAGAUUUCAACGGUCAACGUUGCCCAUCACAGUUCACAAACAUAAAUCAAAGUUUUCCAUUUCAUACCUUUUCUCUCUUUCAACAUUUUACAACCUUUGACCACCUCUAUGUAUAUAUAUAUAUAUAUAUAACGACCAAACCUCAUGCAUGUAUGUAAACACGUAAAAGAAACAUUCUUAUUUAUACAAUCACAUCUAACAGAAAAGUAUUUCAAUUUGUAAGAGCAAACCAAACAAAGAAAGAAGAGGAAGUUAUGGUGUUACCAUGGAGAUCAAGAGGAGGAAAGAGACCGAAUCAGCUGACCAUCUCAGACGCUGAAACCAAGACCCCGGCGGCUCAAUUCAGAUCCUCAAGGAUAGAGCUGGUUCAGUCACCGCGUGUGCCAUUGACCCCACGUGCUGCAUCAUCGAUAUGCCGGAGACUAGAAAACGCGACGGCGCGUGAAGAACAUGUCGAGUGUUUCAAGAUUGUGAGUAAAAUCAAGAACUUGGUAAGAGAAAGCGGAGAGACAAACAAGAAAUGUUUGCUCCAAAACGGAGUCGUUUCGGCGUUGACUUCAUGCUUCCAAAGAUUCUCGUCCACGCGUGAGGAACAAGCGCGUCUGUUGGAGGAAGUCUUGUCUGUUCUAACUUACUGGUUGCCUCUGAGUCGAACAGAGGGUUUCACCAAGAUGGGAACAACGGCUUCGCUUAACCGUCUCGUACGGUUCUUGAACGCUACAGACGCUAAAACGAGGCAAAACGCUGCCGUUUGCAUCAGAGAGGUCAUUGCAGUAGACAAGAAGUAUGUCUAUGCGUUAACAGACAUCGAAGGAGCUUGCGAAGGAUUGAUAAAGAUCAUCGGAGACUCUGUCUCCACGAAAGCAUCUCUCAUGGCGAUCUAUAGAGCUGUUUCGUGUGACGACAAGAUCGCUGCAAAGUUCGUGAAGCUAGGCUUGGUCGCACUGAUCGCAGAAAUGAUUAUGAACAACGCGGAGAAAAGCGUUUGCGAGAGAUGUCUAGUCGUUCUAAACGUUAUAUGCGACAACGAGCAAGGAAGAGAAGACGUUCUUCGAAACGCUUUGAUCGUUCCUCUCCUAGUGAAGAAGAUUCUACGCGUUUCGGAUCUCGCGACGCAAUGCUCAGUCUCCAUUCUUUGGAAGCUAUGGAGAAAGAGCGGCGAAGAUCAUGUGUUGCUUGAAGCUCUUCAAGUUGGCGCGUUUGAGAAACUCUUGGUGGUUUUACAAGUCGGGUGCGAGGAGAAGACUAAAGAGAGAGCGAGCGAGCUGUUGCGGAAUUUAAACCGAUGUAGAAACGAGAUCGAGAAGACUAACUGUCUCGAUUCUUCGAUGCGUUUGAAGAACGUGAAGAAAUCAUUUUAAUAUCACACAAACAAUACACAACAACAUGAUUCUUUUUUAUAAUGUAAUGACUAUGUUUCAACAGUCAGAUACAGUUUUUGUCCAUCACUGAUCAAAUCUACAUCAAUAAUUUUACCUU